AUGGUCAAGAUUGCGAUGGCUGGCGGCUCAGGCAAUGUUGCUGGAGAGAUCAUCGAUGUGCUCGUUGCAGCUAAGAAGCAUGAGAUCUUGAUUCUCUCUCGGAAGGUCCGCUCCCAUAUUCGCGAUGCUCCUACUGAGGGCUCUACCCCAGGCCUUACAUGGGCUAAGGCAGAUUAUAAUAACCCAGCGCAGUUGACCCAAAUUCUGCAAGGAGUGCACACGUUGCUCUCCUUCGUCACCACCCAGGAUGAUCCAACGAGCAAAGUCCAGAAAAACCUCAUCGAUGCCGCCAUUCAAGCCGGCGUGAAGAGGUUUGCCCCUAGCGAAUGGGCUUCAUCCGGUCUGGAGCAUCUGAGCUGGUAUGCUUACAAGGGAGAAACUCGCAGGUACCUUGAAGAGCUGAACAAGGACAAGAAGGUUCUUGAAUAUACGCUCUUCCAACCGGGCCUCUUCGUGAACUACUUGACCCACCCGUAUCAGUCAUCCCGACAUGUGCACUCCAUUGAAACUCCAUUCGACUUUGCGAAACGCCGAGCCAUUCUGCUAGAUGGUGGCGACGACAACCGUCUUGUUUUCACAACCGUACAGGAUGUCGCCAAUGUGGUAGCCCGAGCUAUCGACUUCGAAGGCGAGUGGCCAGUUGUUGGAGGCAUCCGAGGCUCGAGUGUCUCCAUCGCGCAACUCAUCGCUCUCGGGGAGAAACUUCGCGGUGGAACGCCAUUUGAGAUCGAGCGAGUCAAGGCACAGGACCUGACAGCCGGAACAUGGGAGACCUCAUGGGUACCCAGACUGGAUCACCCUUCUAUUCCACCGGAGCAGGUAGACUCGCUCGCGAAGUUCUUUGCCUCGGGGAUUUUGUUAGCCAUUCCUGCCCGGUCUUUUGAGGUCUCCGAUGAGUGGAAUCGGCUGCUGCCCGACUAUAAGGUUACUGGAAUAGAGGAAUUCUUGGGUGAUGCUUGGCGCGAGAAGCCUUAG